AUGGCUUGGGGAGUGAUGAGCGAACAAUUUUGCAGCUGGGGAGUGACAAAAGAAGGAUGGAGAAAGGGACCUUGGACUACUGAAGAAGACAAAUUGCUUAUUGAAUAUGUAAAAUUGCAUGGUGAAGGCAGAUGGAGUUCUGUUGCUACUGUUGCAGGUUUGAAAAGAAAUGCAAAAAGUUGUAGAUUGAGAUGGGUGAAUUACUUAAGGCCAGACCUGAAAAAGGGACAAAUUACACCUAAUGAAGAAAAAUUAAUUCUAGAGCUUCAUGCUAAAUGGGGGAACAGGUGGGCAACUAUAGCUAGAAACUUGGAAGGGAGAACUGACAAUGAGAUCAAGAACUAUUGGAGAACUCAUUUCAAGAAAAAGACCAAACACUCGAAUGACAAAUUCGAAAAAUCAAACGCUCGUCAUAUAAAAAGACAACAAUUACAGCAACGACAACAACAGAAGAAAUCGAACACUAAAAUUGAUACGACUAGCGUCAUGCCGUUCAACAACAACAAGAAUUAUUACGCCUCUAUCCUGAACAAGUUGGGAAGCAGAAUCGUAUCGUUACUCGAUAAAAGUGAGAAUAGAGUACCAACUGCGCCUCAAGGGAACCAAGAAAUGGAUAUUUUGUACCCAAAUAUAGUUGAUGAUCAGGAGCAAGAUGAUUUAAUUUACUCCAUGCUCAAUGACUUUACCCCUGUGCCUGUGCUAGAAUCUUCAUCAAAUGAAAACAUCAAUUGGGACGGCUUAUGGAAUUUGGAGAAUUUUCAAUGCAAUUUCAGCAAUGCAACUUAUUAAUAUUCAGGAUGAUCUGAUGUCAAGAAGCCGAGAACAGUAUCUCAGCCAGUCCGUAGUUUGUUGAAUAAUAGCAGGCGGUUAAGAACUUUGAUUUUCUAAUUGAAUGCUCUGUUGCCUAGUACUCCUCAUGAUCUAGAAACUAUGGCUACUCCUUUUUUAUUGAA